AUGAAGCGGCGGAUAAGUGUUGGCGAUGAAUGUUUUAGUGCCACGGUGCCCAAGAACAAGGCUAGGACUAAAACGGAACAGACUGUUCCGCGCAUCUCUUGGAAGGGAUGUGAAGUCUUACCAGUCAACGUCAGUGGAACUGUCUCCUUCGGAGAGGAAAUGACACGUGCGAAUGACUCCCCUCCUUCGGAGGUGCUGUCAUGCUCUGUUUCUGGGAUGGUUCUCGAGAACCAGGAACAAUCGGCCUUCGGUUUUUCUUCAUGGGGACACGAUUGUAGAGUAGAGAUUAGUGCGCCGUGGGAUCAGCUGGAUUCCGCACCACCUUCAAGCAUGUCCCCGUCGCCCUCGACGGGACCUUCAUGCCAACUCCCGACCCUUUUGGAUGCAGGCCUCAACCGCGCCCCACUACACGUAGCGCCCGCACCUCUUUUGCUGUUCAUCACGACAAUCCCGGACCCCUUGCAGGGGUCAGUUUGGCGCCGAAGUUUCGAUGGUUUUGUUGGUGGAAAAAGAGUGGUCAAUAUUAUGGAAGAUAGUAAGGCUGGAGCUCGUGGAAAUAGCGGGACACAGCCUAGCUUGAAACCAGCCUCACAUCCGGCAGCAAAUGACUCGCUCAAAAUUUGCAGCGCCGCGAAAAUGCCUCAAGCAAUGUAUUUCGCACGGUGCCAGUCCCUAGAUAUGUCUCGGUUUGGUUUAGGGGCCGCAGCAGGCCUAGUAGGCGUCUCGCGCUGCUACGCUGCAAUCAUUCCCAAAGCAACGACUGUUGGUCGAUGUUGGUUGAUGGAUUGAUUAUUCACAAUGAACAUUUUUCUUUUCGCCCCAUUGCUUGGGGAACCAGGUUAAAUAUUAAAGGCUAUAUGGCGCGUAAACCCUCAGACUCGUAACAGAUAUCUAUAAUUGAUAAC